AAUUAAUGAGUAAGUGUUAUGCGCGUGGGUUUGGGUUUGACAGACUUGUGAACCAUCCGCGCGACUGCAAAAUGCUCGCCAAAAGAUUGCUGUUUGUGUACCUCACUUGGCAUAGUUGCUUCGUGUUGAGCACAGCAGCAAGCAAUUCAACUGUUAUUUUGAUUGCAUUAGGCGGUUUUCGCUGGGAUUUCAUGUCGAAAGCCCAUACACCAAGACUUGACUCCAUGGCUGGAAGUGGAGUGAGGGCACACGACGUUGAAAAUGUUUUUCCCACGGUUGCCAUGCCGAAUUUGUACACAAUUGUAACAGGUUUGUACCCUGAGAGCCAUGGGAUUAUCGCGAACGAGAUGUUUGAUCCGGAUUUCAACGCAACGUUUGUCAGCAGUAAUAACGAAACAAGAUGGUGGGAUGGAGGAGAGCCAAUUUGGGUGACAAAUCAGAAGCAAGGGUUUAAAAGCGCCUUGAGUUACUGGCCGGGAUUCGAUGUGGACUUCGAAGGCUACUCUCCCAGUUUCAGCAGCGACGGUGCGAAAUAUUCCAAACCGUUCGUUUCUGAGGACAAUCUCAUGUCAGUUAAGGAGAGAAUUGACGAUGUUAUGAAAUGGCUAACCAUGGAAGCGCCUCCAAACUUUAUAGCGAUGUAUUUCGCGGAACCUGGCAGAACCGGUCGCAAAUAUGGUCCGGAUUCGCCUAAAACAAAGACUGCCAUUGAGGAGAGCGAUUCCGAUGUUGGCUAUCUCGUGGAAAAACUGCGAGAGGCUAGCUUACUGGAUAAAGUCAACGUUAUAUUUACUUCGGAUCAUGGUUUGGCAGCGCACAACACGAGUGAUUUUGUAAACUUCGAUGACAUUGUAAACGCAAGUAGUUACGAACUUUGGGCGGGAAAUGGAGCAUUUUUCACCCUGGAACCUCACCCAGGGAAAGAGAGUUAUGUGUUCGACAGUUUAAAGGAAGGAGAACAAAAAAAGGGGCAUUUCCUAGUGUACAGAAAAAAAGAAGUACCGGAAAAUCUACAUUUCAAAAGUAAUCGAAGAAUUGGCUCCAUCGUGGUAUUGAUGGAGAAAGGUUGGUACGCUCGUAGCUCUAAAUUGUCAACGAACUUGACGGAAGGUAUGAUACGAGGAGAACAGGGUUUCUCUACUACAGAGAAGGACAUGCACCCAUUUUUUAUCGCUCGUGGACCAGCAUUCAAAAAGAACUUCACUACAGGCCCGUUGAAGCUCCUAGAUAUUUACCCCAUGAUCUGUGAGAUUCUGGGAAUUGAACCUGCGCCGAAUAAUGGAUCCUUAGCCGAAGUGAAACAGCUUUUUGGAGAGCCUUUUGCCACACCCACUACACCUGGAGACACCAGGGUGUCAACCGAAAGUUCCACACCAAAACAGAAAAAUGGAAAUAAUAUUGUGAAAAUUGUCGGGUUUGCGAUUGUCGGAUUUGCAGUUUUUGUGUUCCUGGUUGCCUCGAUUUUAUUGACGGUGCGCUGGUGCAAGCGGAACGAGCAAUCCAAAAAAGCGUGGAUGGAAAGCGAAGAGACGCCUGCAAUUCAAGCCGAGGAAACCCAAGCCUUACAAGAAGAUCACGACGAAGGUGUGACAGUGUAAUUAAAACCGCAGAAACAUUGCCACGCCUACUUUCGAGAAUUAAGAUACAACCUCAACACGUUUCAUGUUUGUGUUUCUGAGAGUGUAAAAAGAAUUAAGCGCAAGAAAGCUGGUAUUCUUUACCGCUAAGAUCAGAAUUUUUUUGGAUUAAAACGGAUUUCGUUUUCCAGGAUUAUCGGCGCUUUUAGAAUAAACGUCGACAACUGACAAUAAAUAACAAUCUUGGAGAAUGAUUUUUGCUUUAAAAUGGUGUAAUGAAUCAUGCAAAUUUUGCAGUGAUCCCUAAUGAACUUGACAGUAAUAUUUUUCGUUUUUCUUUAGGUGACGAGAAUUUAUUUGCUUAAUGUGUGUUUUAACAUGCUGGAUAGGAAACCUUGCCAGCAGGGUGGACUUUAGAAAAAGGCUAUGUGUACAUAGAGAGGAAAUUAUGAACAGAGUGAAAAAUUAUCAUUUUGAUAGAGCGAGCGAGUCAAGUCGCUCGCUUUAUUUGUAAGUAAAACCAUACACCUGCCACUUGUAAAUUUAAAAAACAGGAAUUUCGACGUAUCAUUAGAAUUAUUCUUGCAAGCCAAUGAUAAGUCUGUUUUGAUCGGCCUUUUGUGGUGAUAUCCGUGAAAAUAUUGCAUGUUUCUAAGAAAACAAACAUGUAUGCUUUAUUUAGUACAUGUAUCCCGUAUUGUGCCAAAUCUUGCAUAGGAAACAUUACCCCAUCUGUAGUAUGACGUCCUGGGAUGAAAUAAAUCAACAGUAUUUAAAUGUAACCAUUUAUGUCAUAAAAAUAAAUUUUCAAUGUUGGUUGCGUUUAUUUUGAACAUGAAAAAUCGAUGGCAUGCUAAGUUGGUCAUACAGAUUCCAAUUCAAAUGCACUUAAUAUAAAUAAAAAAUUAAUGAUGUAACCAGCCUGUCUUAAAGUUUGAAAUUCACAUGAAUUUACGAAUGUUGUGAAACGAACAUUAUCAUUGUCAUUGUCAUUGUCAUUGCUGUAUGUGAUUUGUUGUUGUUGUUAGCUGAUUUUCGGAUAUAAGAAGAUCUAUUUUAUUUAUUUCUUUUCCUGCCUAUCAAAGCUUAAUAACAUUGUAGGAAUUGAAGAAUAUUAAAAAUAAAUAUUCAUUAUCGUAA